AUGAACUCUAGAUACACCUUACGGUCAAGUAAUGAAAACUCUAAUUGUCUUCAAAAAAAAGUGGUACUUCCUCAACCAAUUCAAGUUUGGCUUCAACAAAGGAAGUGUGACUGUUAUGCUCAUCUUAUUAAAGAAAGUACUGAUUCUAACUCAAAUGCUCCUACUUUAAUUCACUUAUUUAAGAAAAUAACAACUCUUGGAAGACAGUCUAAAUGUGAUGUUGUUUUUGAUAGUUUAAUUCAUCCUAUGAAUAUAUCACGAAUUCAUGCUAAACUUGAAAUGACUGCUGAUGGUGUUGUUAUUUCUGACCUUUCUACAAAUGGGAUUUUUGUUAACAAUGAAAAGGUUACUUUUAAAACUUUAAGGGAUGGGGAUCUUAUUACCUUGGCUGGAGGAAAAAGUAUUGAAAUAGGAACAAUUUUUAAACAACCAUCUUCUUCUUUCAACUUCAGAUAUGAAGUUCUUAAAAAAGGAGAAAGUCCUACUACUAACAUUGAUAAUACUAGUGAUUUUUUAACUAGUACUUCUGAAAAUUGUUUAGAUACUGUUUCAGAUGAAUAUUACUCAAUGAAUCUAAGAGCUAAUACUGUAAGGGGAAAUGUUACUUGUCCGAUGUGUAAGAAACUAUUUGUUGUUCCUAUAACACUAAGUUGUGGUCAUACCUUUUGUUAUACAUGUGAUUUAGAAUAUUCAAUGAAAUAUGGAAAUUGUUAUGAAUGUCCUAUUUGUUUUCAAAAAGCAAGAACAAGAACUAAAUCGAUUGUUAUUGAAUCAAUUGUUGAUAAUAUUAUUAAAGGAGAUACUCAAAGAGAUAAAAGUCUCUUUGAAGAACGUCAAAGAUUUGCAAGAAUGUAUUUAUUAAACACUCCUACAUUAUAUGGAAAAAUUAAUGUUUCAAAAUUACCUUAUGGUUUUGGAGAAUGGAAAGAAGAACAAAAACUAGAAGUUCAAAAGUUAAUGUCUAUUGUUAGUGGAAUUGAAAGAGAAAAUUGGUUUGUUGCUUUAGGAAUAACAAAGUUUGAUUUGAUUCAUGCCUCAAAUGAUAUUAUCAUUCAAACAUUAAGAAACUUAAAAAUUAAUUUUAAUGACUCUGAUGAUCCUAAAAUUAAAUUGGCACUAAUUUUCGUGUAUAUCAACACAAACCCAACUAUCCCACAAUAA